UUCCCCUGCAACCGAGGAAAAUCUCUUACGAGAGCGCCAAGAAAACGCACUCGCUCGAGCGAAGAAAGCGGUGAGGUGCUCUUUCGGCGCUAAUAAAGUUCAGUUCCUCCUUUCUCCCUCUUUCCCCUCUUUUCUCCCUCUUUCCUCUCUUCUCACUCUAGGCGAUCUUAUUGCAGCGGCCCCCACUCUCUCUCUCUCUCUCUCUCUCUCCUCCUCUCUCUCUCAAAGUCAAUAAUGGAGUUGCUGAGGUCUCACCUCUCCAAACUUAGAAUCCCCACUCCUUCGCAUCGUGUUUACAAGCAAGAAUGCUGCAUUUCUUUUGAUACACCAAGGUCAGAAGGUGGGUUAUUUGUUGAUAUGAACUCCUUUCUCGCUUUUGGAAAAGAUUAUGUGGAUUGGAAUUAUGAAAAGACCGGAAAUCCUGUUUAUUUCCAUAUUAAGCAAACGAGAAAGGCAGUUCCAGAAGACCGGCCUCUAAAGAAGCCGACUCGUUUAGCAAUAGGUGUUGAAGGGGGUUUCGAGACCAAUGAACCUGAAUAUGAAGAUAAUUAUAGCAUCAUCAUAUUGCCUGACUAUGUGAUGCUUCCAUUCCCUAAUGUUGAGUUGCCAGAGAAGGUUAGGCAGGCUGCUGAUGCUAUUAUGUUGUCAGAGGGAGCUGAAAGAAAGGAGCAAGUUGCAUCAUGGGUAGCUGAUAAGAAGCAAGUGAGUGCAUAUGCCAUGGACCUACAACAGAUUGGCAAUGGUGUUACUAUACCUCCACAUGGAUGGAAAUGCAGCAAGUGUGAUAAGGCUGAGAAUCUCUGGCUUAAUUUGACUGAUGGGACGAUCCUAUGUGGGAGGAAAAAUUGGGAUGGUUCUGGUGGCAAUAAUCAUGCUAUUGAACACUACAUAGCGACAAAAUAUCCUCUAGCUGUAAAGCUUGGGACCAUAACAGCUGAUCUUGAAACUGCAGAUGUUUUCUCAUAUCCAGAGGAUGAAAGUGUUGAAGAUCCAUUAUUAGCUCAACAUCUGUCAUUCUUUGGCAUCGAUUUUCCAUCACUAAGGAAGACUGAAUUAACGACUGCUGAAGAAGAGCUUGACCAAAAUACCAAUUUUGAUUGGAACCGUAUACAAGAGAGUGGGCGGGAAGUGGAACUGCUCUUUGGACCAGGCUAUACAGGGCUCAUCAAUCUUGGAAAUAGUUGCUAUUUGGCUUCUACUAUGCAAGUAAUAUUCUCAACAAAUGCUUUUUGUUCUCGGUAUUACGAGAACUUGAGUUUGAAAGAGUCAUUUGGAAGGGCUCCUGCUGAUCCAACACUAGAUUUGAAUAUGCAACUUUCAAAGCUCGCACAUGGGUUGCUAUCUGGGAAGUACUCAGUUCCUGUCCAAGAGAGCCAGGAAGGAAUUCCCCCUCGCAUGUUCAAGAUGGUUAUUGCUGCUAGCCAUCCAGAGUUUUCAAGUAUGCGGCAACAGGAUGCGUUGGAAUUCUUUCUACAUUUUCUGGACCAAGUUGAACGAAUCAAUGCAGGAAAACCUGAACUUGAUUCAUCAAGAUGUUUCAAAUUUGGUGUAGAAGAGCGGCUACUUUGUCUAUCGGGAAAAGUUGCUUACAAUAAAAGAACAGAUUACAUUCUUUCAUUAAAUAUUCCUUUGACCAAAGCUACUAAUAAAGAACAGCUGGAAGCAUUUAACAAACUGAAAGAAGAAAGACGUUUCGAAGGGAAAGAAAUAGCUUCUGAAGAAAUUGUACGCCCAAGGGUACACCUGGAAUCAUGUUUAGCAAGCUUUACAUCACCAGAGGAGGUGCAUGAUUUUUACAGCACUGCAUUGAAUGCUAAAACUACAGCAAUAAAAACUGCUGGCUUGACAACCUUUCCAGAUUAUUUGGUUUUACACAUGCGUAAAUUUGUGAUGGAAGAAGGAUGGGUGCCGAAAAAGCUUGAUGUAUAUAUUGAUGUGCCUGAUAUAAUAGACAUCAGCUACAUGCGAAGCAAAGGGUUGCAGCCUGGGGAGGAGCUUCUACCUGAAUCAGAUUCUGAGAAGGGUGGCCCAGUUAAGCCUUAUGUCAAUGAAGAUAUUGUAUCACAGCUUACUAGCAUGGGGUUUCCUCUUUUGCACUGUGAGAAAGCUGCAAUCUACACAUCAAAUGUUGGAGUAGAAGAGGCAAUGAAUUGGUUACUUGCUCAUAUGGAAGACCCAGAUAUAGACACACCAAUUUCACAGGAGGUGGAGGGCGCAGGAAAUCUUUUAGCAGCAGUAGAUGAAAUGUGCCUUCAGACUCUGGUUUCAUUUGGAUUCUCUCCCGAUCUUGCUCGAAAAGCAUUAAUGUCAUCGGGUGGGGAUGUGGAGAAAGCUACAGACUGGAUAUUCAGUCAUCCUGAUGCUUCAGCCACGAUGGAUAUGGAUGCCACUUCUAGUGAAACAGAGCCUACGAGUGACCAAGGACUACCUGAUGGAGAUGGAAGAUACAAGCUCAUGGCAUUUGUAAGCCACAUGGGUACGUCAACACAUUGUGGGCACUAUGUUGCCCAUGUGCUGAAAGAUGGCAGAUGGGUUAUCUUCAAUGAUAAGAAGGUUGCAGCAUCUGUUGAUCCUCCGAGAGACAUGGGCUACAUAUAUUUCUUCGAGAGAAUCAAGGGAUGAUUGAAUAGGUCGUUCAAGUUGGUCUAGAUUUGCAGUGGAAGGAAAUGAUUUCAUUUCAAUUGUUCUCUGAUAUAGUAUAAUGGAUUUGACAGUUCUCAAUGAAAAUUGAACUGGACAAUUUUGUGUACUUUUAGCAGCUUUAUGAUCUUUUCGAUUUUGUGUUUUUGCUGUGUGUGUGUGUGUUAUGGUUUGGUUGUACAACAAUUAACACGCGCACCCGCUGAGAGAGAGAGAGAGUCCAAUGAGCAAGAAGUCUAAUUUGAGUUGUUGGAAA